UCAGAGCAGGCAUGAAGGCAAGUCUGAUGAGGCAAACGUUCAUCUCCCCUGUCCCUCCUCCCCUCCCUCCAAUAUAGACUACUCGCUACCUCGGUUCUCGGUUAUCAGGCGAGUGCUGGUUGCCAAGGAGAGACGCACGUUUAACCACCGGUUUAUCCCACGGUAGGUAGUUACAGCGGCACGGGCAGCCCCGCCAUUUCUUCCCUCAAAACCUUGGGAUGUCGAGUGGCAGCUCGAGCUCUUCCUCCAGGAAGGAGUUCGACGUGAAACAGAUCCUCCGGAUCCGAUGGAGGUGGUUCGGUCACCAGACAGUUCCUACGCCUCUACACUCCCCGCCUCUACGAGAGUAUUUCACCGGCGGGAGCGGGGCGAGCGACAGCCACGGAGACGGACCCUCGGUGAGCGGUUGCAGCAACGGGAACAGCAGACCUUCACUUAGUGGCUCUAGCGGGAACGGGAACACCAUUCCCGUGAAUUCCGGCACAGGGAGUCACAGCGGUCUUGUGGCGAGCGGCAGCGCGGGUUCAAAUUUGUGUCACAGCAGCAACAACAACAGAAAGUUUGUGGAUUCGUCGGGAGGUCGCCACGCGAAAGGAUCGAAGGAGGGGGCGGCAGGCGGGAGCUCGUGUCCGCGGUCCGUCAGCCAGCCCGAGUGCCGGAGCUCCGCGGCGCUGUCUUGGAUCGCCCCUCUGUCGAACUCUCACUCCCGCCACAAUACCAGCAUGGAGCCCCGCGCCGAGGGCUCCGUGCCCCCGUUGUCGCCGCCGGAGCACGCUGCUCCUCCCGGGGCGGAAGAGGAAGUCGUGGCUCCGGUCAUCGAGGAGAUUAAUAAUAAUCAGGCGGACACCGAUACCAGCUCGUGCAGGACCUCCAACAGCAGUGCCACUCUCUCGUCAUGCGUUUCUCUGGAGCCGUGCGCGUGUCCCGAGGAGAGCCUGUUCACCGCCCUGUCCCACGCCGACGACACCUUCACCAAGAUGGAGGGCUACCUGAGGAGCCGGCAGCUGUGUGACGUCACGCUGGUGGCGGGGGAGCGGAGGAUACCUGCACACAGGCUGGUCCUCUCCUCCGUGUCCGACUACUUUGCGGCCAUGUUCACUAGUGACGUGCUGGAGGCCAAGCAGGAGGAGGUGAAGAUGGAGGGUGUGGAUCCAGAGGCAUUGUGGAUGCUGGUUCAGUACGCCUACACAGGUCGCCUGGAGCUGAGGGAGGACACCAUCGAGUCCCUGCUGUCGGCCUCCUGCCUGCUGCAGCUGCCCCGCGUGGCGCAGGCCUGCUGCGCCUUCCUGGUCCGCCAGCUCCACCCCUCCAACUGCCUGGGGAUCCGCUCCUACGCAGACGCCCAGGGCUGCAGCGACCUGCAGAGCGCCGCUCACUCCUACACCGUGGAGCACUUCCUGGAGGUGGUGGGAGGCCAGGAGUUCCUACUGCUCCCCGUGGAGGAGAUGUCCAGGCUGCUGACCUCGGACGACGUCAACGUGCCUGACGAGGAAACCGUGGUAACGGCGUUGUUGACCUGGGUGGGCCACGACGCCGACACCCGGGCUAGCCACCUGCCCUCGCUGCUGGCCCACAUCCGGCUGCCACUGCUCCAACCUCAGUUCCUGGCGGACCUGGAGGCCAGCCCUCUGCUCAGGGGCAGUGUGGAGUGCCAGAGGCUGCUCAUGGAGGGCAUGAAGUACCACCUGCUGCCCCAGCGCCGGCCCCUGCUGCAGAGCCCCCGCACGCGGCCCCGCAAGGCCACCGUGGGGGCCCUGUUCGCCGUGGGGGGCAUGGACGCCACCAAAGGGGCCACCAGCAUCGAGCAGUACUGCCUGAGGCGGGACACCUGGAGCCAGGUGGCCACCAUGAGCGGCCGCCGGCUGCAGUUCGGCGUGGCCGUGCUGGACGGACGCCUCCACGUGGUGGGGGGCCGCGACGGGCUGAAGACCCUCAACACGGUGGAGUGCUACAACCCCCACAGCAAGAGCUGGAGCGCCCUGCCCCCCAUGUCCACGCACAGACACGGCCUGGGCGUAGCCGUCCUGGAGGGGCCCAUGUACGCGGUCGGGGGGCAUGACGGCUGGAGCUACCUCAGCACGGUGGAGAGGUGGGACCCGCAGGCACGCUUGUGGAGCUUUAUCUCCAGCAUGUCCACACCCAGGAGCACCGUGGGCGUGGCUGUGCUCAACGGGAAGUUGUAUGCGGUGGGAGGGCGAGACGGCUCAUCCUGCCUGCGCUCCGUCGAGUGCUUCGACCCCCACACCAACAGGUGGAGCGGUUGUUCUCCAAUGGCUAAGCGGCGUGGUGGAGUGGGCGUGGCCACUUGGAAUGGCUUCCUGUACGCCAUCGGAGGCCACGAUGCCCCGGCCUCCUCCCUCUCCUCUCGGCUUAGUGACUGUGUGGAGAGGUACGACCCCCAGACGGACGCCUGGACGACUGUGGCGCCCAUGAGCAUCAGCCGGGACGCGGUGGGGGUGUGUCUCCUUGGCGACCGUCUCUAUGCAGUGGGCGGUUACGAUGGGCAGGUGUACCUCAACACUGUGGAGUCUUAUGACCCUCAGACUAAUGAGUGGACCCAGGUGGCGCCUCUGUGUCUGGGCCGGGCCGGUGCGUGCGUGGUGGCCGUCAAGCUGUAAUGAGGACACCAAUACUGACAUGAAGUAUAACGUCAUGUCUGCAGGGCAUUGGGGAGGGGGGGGGGGGGGGGGAAGACCUCAGUAACCCCUCUUGUCACUGGUGACAUGAUCUCCAUGGAUACGGUAUGUCUUGCUGAUGGGAUGACGAAGAAGUGGAAGGAUGCCAUUGCCUGAGGGGACAUCGGAAAGAAGAUGCAGAAAAUGACAGCGAGAGAGAGAGAGAGAGUGAGAGAGAGAGAGAGAGAGAGAGAGAGAGAGAGAGAGAGAGAGAGAGAGAGAGAGAGAGAGAGAGA